AUGGAUUCUCUCUAUAGCAAUGGGAUCUGGUUUGCAGAGGUGCUGCAGAGGGCACCCUGCUUGGAGGAUUUUUGGCUUUGGGUGACCUUCUUGGGCGACCCGAAAUGCGUCUUCAUCAUCUAUUUCCCAAUUGCUUAUUUCUUGGACCAGAAGGUUGGGGUAAAAGUGCUGUGGCUCGGCUUAAUCUCCGAAUGGCUCAAUUUAGUCUCUAAAUGGUUCUUAUUUGGUGAACGUCCCUUCUGGUGGGUGUUCGAAUCUGGAUAUUCCAGUAACAGGGAAGUCUCUCUCCACCAGUUCCCUGCAUCCUGUGAAACGGGGCCAGGAAGCCCCUCCGGCCACUGUAUGAUCACUGGAGCUGCGCUGUGGCCCGUUGUAACCACUUUGUCCGCAUGGUUGUUCCAGCACUCCAAGAGCCAGAUGAUAAAGGCCGUACCCUUUACUGUUUACCUCCUGCUCCUGCUGGCUGUGGGACUUUCACGUAUCUUCAUCCUGGCUCAUUUUCCCCACCAGGUACUUGGUGGCAUCCUGGUAGGAAUCACUCUUGGCUGGCUGCUGGAAUCCCGGGUUCCGAUGGAAAGAGAACUUAGCUUCUACCUGCAGGCUUCGCUGUCCCUUUUGCUGGGUACCGUGGUUACCUAUUGGACCUUGAUAGCUCUCGGUGUAGAUCUGAACUGGUCAAUCAACCUCGCUACCAAGUGGUGUGCCAAUCUCCAGUGGGUGCGCAUAGAUACACGACCCUUCGCGUCGCUGACCCGCGAUGUGGCCGCAGCUCUCGGGCUGGGGCUGGCUCUCCAUUCCUCCUACUACGCCCAGCUCAAACGGGAGAAGUUCAGCCGGUCUCAGAGGGUCUGGUGUGCCGGCUUGGCCACUUUGGUCCUGAAAGUCCUGAGCGAUGCAGUGCAACCAGGGAAUGUGGCUCUCUGGUACGGGCUGACCUUUGUCAAGUACGCCACAUUUCCUUGGGUGGUGGUAGCGCUGCUACCCAGGCUAGUCCAUGUUGUGGGGUCUAAGAAGGCUUUAUCACACCAAGAGUAG